GCUGCCUGCUCCUCCUCUCAGACCUCUGUGAGGUCCUUGGUCAGGCUUUCUGCCCGCCUUACCCAUCCUGGGGCUUGGGACUGGCAGCCUUCUUCGGGGCAGCUGAGCAGGGCAGGACCGGAGGGGGGGCCACUGGUGCCUGCUUUCUGGGCUGCCAUUGUGGGUGGGCAUAGCCAUGGGAAGGAUGCUAUGGAGGGGGUGGGACACAGUAUCUAAGCUCUGGGCUGGACAGUCAGACAGUGGCCUUUGCUGACUUUUGCCCCACAUUCUCUCAGGUCCUCCCCUCACGUGGAUGUUUGCGGGUGCUGAUAUGCCCACUGUGACACUGCGUUAUCGCCUUGUGACUUUUGUCACUGCUCUUGUCUCUCCUCCUUAGAGUCAGAGGACAUAGGGAGAGGUGUGCCCCUGGGCCUUCCCUGGGGUCAUGGGCUUGGGGUCUGCAGUGUCCCUUCCUCUAUAGAGGAGCCUGACCCAUCAUCUGCCCCUCCUCCCUGCAGAGGGGGAAGUGAGAAGGAGGGGGGCCAGAGACCCUGCCUUCUGGGCCAGGAAGGCUAAAAAAAGCAGAAGUAAGAAGAGUAACGGGGCCCUCUGGCCACCGGCUUGAGCCCCACCAUGCAGACCCCAGCAGAUUUCCCCAGGGUUGAGAGAGACUUGGUUCCCUGUCCCAGAAAGGUGAGCAGAAGAGUCGCCUGCCUCCAGCGGUGUCUGUCACCAUGACUGGGCAAGGAAUGGGUUUGGGGGUGGCUCUGUCCCUUGGGAUUUCUGGGUGGUUUCCUGCCUCUGUCCCCAGGGAGUGCUCUCAGUCAGAGGCAGACAGAUGAGGUGGAGGUUCAGAUCUCAGGGUGGGGUGUGCAGGUAUUGCUGUGUGGGCUUGGCCCCCUCUUAGUCCCUCUUUGAGCCAGGCUUUCUGCCUGUCCCGCCAGGAGGUUACACUCAGGGGUCUGAUUUGACUGCAGUUUUGUGGUGUUUUUGUGGGGCUGUUCCACCCACUCCUCCAUCUGUCAGGAAGGGUUAGGUAUCUUCCCCUGAAGAUAAGAUUGUGUCUCCGAGGGCCAGGACCUACAGUGGGAGGUCACAGACGGACCCUAGUACUGAAGGAGAAGGGGUUUUAGGCAGAUGUGGGUGGGCAGGACGUGGCUCUGGCUGAUUGACCUGCCCACACUUUCCUGGCAUUUGAUGCCUGCUGACCCCAGGCCAGGCAGUAAGCAGGGAGGCGCCUGGGUCCAAGCUACCUCUGCCACUGUUUGCUUUGAGCCUUGGUGAGUCACUGUCUUCUGGGCCUCAGUUUCCUAUUCCUGGAAUGAGGAUAACAGUUUUUAGGAUAUGAUCAGAGUCAAAGACAUCAGAUUGCACUCAGGAGACAGUCCUCUCAGCUACUGUCUGGGUCCCCCUCAGGUCUUGGCAUAGGAGGAAAAUCCUAGGGAAAUGGGAGAUCUCAGAGGUGGGUCUGCAAGAAAUACGAGAGUCCUCUCCUGAGUGGUGGGAGUUUGCAGAUUGUCUCCCCUCAUCUCUUUCCCCACCCCAGGUGCAGCAGCAAGAACCCACAGCUCUGCCCUUAACCCCUUCCUGGGGAUCCCUGCCCUGCUGCCUGCCCGUGUGUCUGCCAGGUGUCAGACCUAUCUGCCCUAGGUAUUGUCAGUCUGCUUGGGGCUCGCUGACUCUCCUGCUGUCUCUCUUUGCUGCCUACCUGUGUCUGUGGUUGGGUUCCAAUCUCUGUCUCCACUUGAUAAGUGCCUGACUUCACCUUUUGGGUACAUGUCACAUGUUAGGUGCCUGUUCAUGUCCCCUUCUGUCUCUGCCUGUUGGGUUUAUGUCUUCAUCUGUCUCUGCCUGUUGGAUACCUGUCCCCUUCUGUCUUUGCCUGUUGGGUUUGUGUCACCAUCUGUCUCUGCCUUUUGGAUACAUGUCCCCUUCUGUCAUUGCCUGUUGGUUUUUUUUUUUGAAACGGAGUCUCACUUUGUCGCCCAGGCUGGAGUGCGGUGGUGCGAUCUUGGCUCACUGCAGCCUCCCCCUCCCAGGUUCAAGCCAUUCUCCUGCCUCAGCUUCCCAAGUAUCUGGGAUUACAGGUGCCCACCACCACGCCCAGCUAAUUUUUUGUAUUUUUAGUAGAGACAGGGUUUCACCGUGUUAGCCAGGAUGGUCUCAAUCUCCUAACCUCGUGAUCCACCUGCCUCGGCCUCCCAAAGUGCUGGGAUUACAGACAUGAGCCACCACGCCCGGCCUGCCUGUUGGGUUUAUGUCCCCUUCUGUCAUUGCCUGUUGGGUUGGUAUUCUCUUCUGUCUCUGCCUAUUGGAGAUGUGUUCCUCCUGCCUUUGCCUGUUGGGUACAUGUCCCCAUCUGUCUUUACCUAUUGGGUAUAUGUCCCCAUCUGUCUCUGGCUGUUGGGCUUGUGUCCCUAUCUGCCUACACACAUUGGGGAUGAGUCUCUGUCCACCUCUGUCUGUUAGAUAUGAGUCCCCUCCUGCUUCCCCUUGUCGGGUACAUGUCUCCAUCUGUUUUCUAUUGGAUAUGAAUUCCUCCUGCCUCUGCCUGUUGGGUGCGUGUCCUUAUCCUCCAUCCCUGCCUGUUGGGUAUGUGUUCUCUCCUGCCCCUGCCUGUUGGAUGCCAUUCUUUCUUUUUCUUUUUUUUUUUUUUUUUUUGAGAUGGAGUCUUGCUCUGCCACCCAGGCUGGAGUGCAGUGGCGCUAUCUCGGCUCACUGCAAGCUCCGCCUUCCAGGUUCACGCCAUUCUCCUGCCUCAGCUCCCGAAUAGCUGGGACUUCAGGCGCUGGCCACCACGCCUGGCUAAUUUUUUUUUUUUUUUUUUUUUGUAUUUUUAGUAGAGACAGGGUUUCAUCAUGUUAACCAGGAUCGUCUCGAUCUCCUGACCUCGUGAUCCGCCCGCCUCAGCCUCCCAAAGUGCUGGGAUUACAGGCAUGAUGGAUGCCAUUCUUAUCUGUUUCCACCUGUUGGGUGCCUGCUUCUGCCUGUUGGGUGUCUCUCUUCGUCUGCCUCCACAUAUCAGGCACCUGUCUUUGUCUGUUGGGUACCUGUUUGCUAUUGGGUACCUCUCUGCUGUUGGGUACCAGUCUGCUCAGCAGCUGCAUUGGCAGGGGACUUUCCCUUUGUAGGCCCACAGGGAGGAUGGGGGAACGGCCAGAGGGCAGCCCUCAGGCUCUGAGGAGAGGGGGAGAGAGAGGAAGGGAACGUGGUGAGGGUGUAGGCCUGGUGCUGGGAAACCACAGGCCCUGAGUGAUUGGCUGCCCUGGGCCAGGCCCAGCCCCCGCCCUUACCCUGCACAUCCGCCUUGGUCCCGGCCACCACUGCGGCAGCCCCGGACUCUGCCUGCUCCUGCCAUGGUGCCGUGGCCCUGCUGGGCGGAUGGAGCAGGAUCCCAAGCCGCCCCGUCUGCGGCUCUGGGCCCUGCUCCCCUGGCUUCCCAGGAAGCAGCGGCCCAGGAUCAGCCAGACCUCUCUGCCUGUCCCUGGCCCUGGCUCUGGCCCCCAGCGGGACUCGGAUGAGGGCGUCCUCAAGGAGAUCUCCAUCACGCACCACGUCAAGGCUGGCUCUGAGAAGGCUGAUCCAUCCCAUUUCGAGCUCCUCAAGGUUCUGGGCCAGGGAUCCUUUGGCAAAGUCUUCCUGGUGCGGAAAGUCACCCGGCCUGACAGUGGGCACCUGUAUGCUAUGAAGGUGCUGAAGAAGGCAACGCUGAAAGUACGUGACCGCGUCCGGACCAAGAUGGAGAGAGACAUCCUGGCUGAUGUAAAUCACCCAUUCGUGGUGAAGCUGCACUAUGCCUUCCAGACCGAGGGCAAGCUCUAUCUCAUUCUGGACUUCCUGCGUGGUGGGGACCUCUUCACCCGGCUCUCAAAAGAGGUGAUGUUCACGGAGGAGGAUGUGAAGUUUUACCUGGCCGAGCUGGCUCUGGGCCUGGAUCACCUGCACAGCCUGGGUAUCAUUUACAGAGACCUCAAGCCUGAGAACAUCCUUCUGGAUGAGGAGGGCCACAUCAAACUCACUGACUUUGGCCUGAGCAAAGAGGCCAUUGACCACGAGAAGAAGGCCUAUUCUUUCUGCGGGACAGUGGAGUACAUGGCCCCUGAGGUCGUCAACCGCCAGGGCCACUCCCAUAGUGCGGACUGGUGGUCCUAUGGGGUGUUGAUGUUUGAGAUGCUGACGGGCUCCCUGCCCUUCCAGGGGAAGGACCGGAAGGAGACCAUGACACUGAUUCUGAAGGCGAAGCUAGGCAUGCCCCAGUUUCUGAGCACUGAAGCCCAGAGCCUCUUGCGGGCCCUGUUCAAGCGGAAUCCUGCCAACCGGCUCGGCUCCGGCCCUGAUGGGGCAGAGGAAAUCAAGCGGCAUGUCUUCUACUCCACCAUUGACUGGAAUAAGCUAUACCGUCGUGAGAUCAAGCCACCCUUCAAGCCAGCAGUGGCUCAGCCUGAUGACACCUUCUACUUUGACACCGAGUUCACGUCCCGCACACCCAAGGAUUCCCCAGGCAUCCCCCCCAGCGCUGGGGCCCAUCAGCUGUUCCGGGGCUUCAGCUUCGUGGCCACCGGCCUGAUGGAAGACGACGGCAAGCCUCGUGCCCCGCAGGCACCCCUGCACUCGGUGGUACAGCAACUCCAUGGGAAGAACCUGGUUUUUAGUGACGGCUACGUGGUAAAGGAGACAAUUGGUGUGGGCUCCUACUCUGAGUGCAAGCGCUGUGUCCACAAGGCCACCAACAUGGAGUAUGCUGUCAAGGUCAUUGAUAAGAGCAAGCGGGAUCCUUCAGAAGAGAUUGAGAUUCUUCUGCGGUACGGCCAGCACCCCAACAUCAUCACUCUGAAAGAUGUGUAUGAUGAUGGCAAACACGUGUACCUGGUGACAGAGCUGAUGCGGGGUGGGGAGCUGCUGGACAAGAUCCUGCGGCAGAAGUUCUUCUCAGAGCGGGAGGCCAGCUUUGUCCUGCACACCAUUGGCAAAACUGUGGAGUAUCUGCACUCACAGGGGGUUGUGCACAGGGACCUGAAGCCCAGCAACAUCCUGUAUGUGGACGAGUCCGGGAAUCCCGAGUGCCUGCGCAUCUGUGACUUUGGUUUUGCCAAACAGCUGCGGGCUGAGAAUGGGCUCCUCAUGACACCUUGCUACACAGCCAACUUUGUGGCGCCUGAGGUGCUGAAGCGCCAGGGCUACGAUGAAGGCUGCGACAUCUGGAGCCUGGGCAUUCUGCUGUACACCAUGCUGGCAGGAUACACUCCAUUUGCCAACGGUCCCAGUGACACACCAGAGGAAAUCCUAACCCGGAUCGGCAGUGGGAAGUUUACCCUCAGUGGGGGAAAUUGGAACACAGUUUCAGAGACAGCCAAGGACCUGGUGUCCAAGAUGCUACACGUGGAUCCCCACCAGCGCCUCACAGCUAAGCAGGUUCUGCAGCAUCCAUGGGUCACCCAGAAAGACAAGCUUCCCCAAAGCCAGCUGUCCCACCAGGACCUACAGCUUGUGAAGGGAGCCAUGGCUGCCACGUACUCUGCACUCAACAGCUCCAAGCCCACCCCCCAGCUGAAGCCCAUCGAGUCAUCCAUCCUGGCCCAGCGGCGAGUGAGGAAGUUGCCAUCCACCACCCUGUGAGGCACCAGGGCAUUCAGGCCACAGGGCGGUGCUAGCUUGACAGAGUCAGCAUGCUUCCCAGAGGGAGCAGGCCGGAACCACAGGGCCAGAGGGAGCUGGAACCCGAGGGGCCGGGGAAGCUGCCAGCCCAGAACACCCCUAAUGAGGGUGUGAGAAGUGCCUUCUCCUUCCCCAGGAUGGACUCUUCUCAGCUCAGGCUCUGCUGGUGGAAAGCGAUUCACUGUAUAAACUUUUUUUUAUGAAAAAAAUGGCAUCAACCACCAUGGAUUUUUACAAGAUCCAUUUGCCUUUCUGGGAGCAGAAACAGCCAUUGCGGCCCCAGGAGGGGAACUGAGUCACGCUGGGGCUCUCUGAGACUCUUUAGAGCAGCUUUGGGAUCCCACCCUGGGGACCCCCACGAUUGGCCAUCUGUAGCCAUCUGCACACACCUCCGAGACAGUCCAGUGUCACCUCUCUCAGAGCAUCUGGCUGUUUAGCAGAACUCAUUCUAUCCCCAAUCAGCUCCUUUUCCGUUCUGUUCUGCUGGGAGUUCUAGAACCACUUCCUGCUACAGGAGGGGACUCAAGUCCUGCUGGCUUCCAGCUUCAGGCACCAGCAUCCACCUUGGCUCUGCCAGUGGAUCCCCUGCGGUCAGGCUGGGCAGCCCCAGAGAGAGGAUGUGGAAAGCACUUUUUGGCUGACUUCAUUUGGGGUUGGCAACAGGACAGAGUUCACAGGAGGCCAGUGGGCGGGCCAUGAGGGACAGGGUCUUUUUUCAUUUCUUCCUCAGCUGGUUACUCAGGGUUCAUCUGUCCAUGGCCUUUCUAAUAAACUGUUGAGUUGAA